AUGUUCGAGGAAAUAUGCUUAGUAUGCGGCAAGCACCUCUCCGACGACGGUCGUGCUUACUGCAGCGAUGACUGCCAGCAGUCCGAGAUAUCAUCUCCCUCUAUAUCCUCUUCCAGUAGCGCCCUUUCUUCUCCCAGCAUCGGCUAUACCGUCGGAGGCGAUGUCCCUGCUCUUAUUCCUUCUGCUCUGGGUUCUGCUCUACGCGUUUAUGCCAGGCGAAGCCGCUAUCCUGUAUCCUCUUCCUCAACCUCAUCCAAUUCUUGCUCUCUUGUCACAGACGACGAGGAUGAUUUCACUUCCAAUAGGUUUGGAAUCAGCGAAUAUAGCUACCACGAAUCUCCAGACCACAUAUAUGAUACUGCGUCCAAAUCAGCCAACUCCAUCUACUCCGGCAAUCCUUCUUCUCUUACAUAUGCUCGCAGACCAUCCGGAACCAACAAUCACUCUACUAUUCCCCACCUCGACAGGCACCAGGCUUCUGUACCAGCACCUCCCGCUUCGCGAUGCCUUCCCCGAAGUGUACCUAUAUCCUCAUCUCGGCCAGCAGACAACGACGACGAUUUUUAUUCAGAUGUGGGAUUCUCAUCUGGAGACGCACCCGACACGGAUGAAGGCGACCUCGCCUCGGAGAAAGACUCGGGAGUGGCUUCGAAACCAAAAUACACAGGCGCGGUCAAAUCGAGGCGCAGUCAUACCCGUGGCAGCCUACCGGCGUGUUUCUCGCUUCUACAGACCGCUUCUCCGUCCAAAGACUUCCGGUCCUCCCCAGUAUCGUCUUCUUCCGGCCACACCAUCGCACGCCCUUCACCUCCCACGCCAAAACUACCUUUUGCCAAUGCUGUCUCACAGAUCAUGAUCACCCCUUCAAUACCCCUACCAUCUGUUCACUCUACUCCCAGGGGCCGUCGUAGAGACGUGGAUGGUUCUAGGUGUAGUCGCCGUUCAGGACAGUCUUCACACUCCCGAUCACGCUCAAGGUCACGGCGCGUUCCAGUGAGGGACAUCAUCCCCCAUCAGCCGGUAUCUGAAGACCCUAUUGAUUAUUGGGCUUCUGCGUCAGAACUUCCUCGAAGAGGCCGGGAGACAGUUCGCAGGAACAGCUCGCCACCUCCAAAGGCACUCAUGGGCGUGGAAGAUCACAUCAGUUUGUUCUCUUCCGCGAGGAAGACACACGGUUCUGAUCGGUCGCAGUCUGGGAGCCACUCUCGGGCAAGAGCAAGAGGCCGUACAAGGGUUGAAGAUCUAGGGGGCAUUGGUUUCUCUAACGAUGCACCAGGGUUUGGUACCGGGCGCAGUGGUCUUGUGGAUCGGGGACGUGAUACUUAUCGAAUCCCACUAUAA